ACUAUGCACAAAGCUUUUCCGUGAAAAUCUGUGUACAGAGCGAUAUUUGACACUUUAUUUGUGUUACGCUCUCAGUCUGUACUUUACUUGUGUUUUACUUGAGUUUUACUACGAGUAUCUCGUGGAGCAGACCUAAUAAUUAACUUGACUUUUUAAAAAAAUAUUUGCCUGGCAGUGCCGCAUAAAAUAUUUGUAAAUAUUUUGUUCAGUACAUUUGCCGGUUCUCCAAAAAGGAGCUGUCUGCAUUUUAAAAUGAAUGUGGUAGAACUGGUAAAGGCCAGUCUAUUACCAGAGCUCAAACAAAACUUCGAUGACAUACCAAUAACUCCGGAGCACUUUGAAGAGUACGUCAAAAUCGUGGAACUUAAUUUGAGAGUACUCUUUAAGUUUCUAUCGGAACAACCCAGAGAUUAUUGGACAAGUACCGAAGAAAAACUUGAGUUUGAUACUUAUCUUAUACUUCUGCUAUGUGAAGUUACGGCAAGCAAUACUUACCACAAAAUUUCUAAUGAAGAAAUGGUGCGUCACGCAAACUUAUUACUUAAUUCCCAUAAACCCAUGGAACCGGAAGUAGAAGAUAAAAUUUUUUCGUACUACCAGGCUAAGUUAGAACAGAAUGUGUGGAAAACUCAAUAUGGUGCUAUAAAUGGCUUUUUAAGAUAUAUUGAAUUUCGUUACAGUCAAGAGAACAAAAUGAAAAUGAAUUGGAUGAAUUUUUGCCUUGCAAUAGGACUAAGGCUGCGUGAAAGCGUUGAGACCGUCUUUAAACACAUAAGCUUAAAAAUAUUUAAGGCAUUGUUGCAGUUUAGCGAGCCGUCAAAGAUAAAGGACACUAAUAUUCAUAGCGUUAUAUAUGAUGCUGUAUAUAAAGAUGUACAUUAUAUGAGCUCAGAGGAAGCUACGACCGACAUAUGGACAUGUCUAUCUAUUUGCGUGAAAUUUUAUGAGAACAUUGAUAGCACCAACUGGAGUUAUGUUGAUGACAUGAUUGAGGUCUUAAUGCGGAAUAUACCAAUUAAUGCCAAUGACUUAAUUUCCCUAAGCCUUCUAAGAUCCGUGACAAAACUGGGUUAUUUCUUCUCAACUAACUGUGCAGAUAUUGAAAGAGCUAUUGCUGUAGAUUUCAAAAAUGAAAAAGAGCUGGAUGAGUGCAGAUCUUGUUGUCGUAAUAACAACUCGAGAACAACACUGCGGUGGGCGAAAUCUAUUUUGGAAUUAUUCGUUGUUGAAUCCUACAAGCUAUUAAGCAAACAAGAUCUAUGCGUUCAGCUAUUAGAGGAAAUACAUCGUUGUUACAUGGUUUAUAUAUUGGCAAUACCAUUGUCAAUCGUUGAACUUCAUUUAAUAACAUUUUUUGAGAAAUUUAUAACAGUUCUUAUGGAGGUUAUGGUUUUGAAUGAAAAAGACGAAAAAAUUGCUCAGCUGAUCAAGGCUUUACUAACUACUUUUUUACAUCACCUCCAAAACUCUUCAUGUGAAAUCAACGAAAAGUUGCUAUGUAUUCAACAGUCUUUACUUAAAUUAAUAAAACUUGACUUUUUUAUGUAAACUUUUAAUUUCAAAACUAAA